CCACGGUGGCCCACACGGCAGAAAUCGAGCAUCCGCCCCCCGAAUCAGAUCCGGGGAGCGAAAGCAAGCCACGGCGCCGUCACCUCCCCAUCCCCGCGGUCGUCGCCCACCGGUUUCUUCCUCCUCUUCUUCUUCGGUUGACGCCUUGACGGGUUGAGCCGUGCACAAGGAAUCCGUGGAGCUCCUGGACCAGACAGAGAGAACGCGAACCGUGCAGCCAGGCUCGUGCGAUCCAGCUCCCACCCGUCGUCUUCUUGGUUUCUUGGCGAGGUCCUUCUGCUCGUGUCGCGCCGCCCACCCACCACCCGCGUUCUGUCGCGGUAUCCGCCGUGGAUCUUGCCCCCCGGAUUGUCCUUAUACCACUCCCCUUCGCGCGCGGUGGUUUGGUACCGAGUGUGUCGGACUGGUAUUCGUGUUCCGCCGGCUGCCGAGGUGCGCUGGCGGUCUUCUGCCGUCUCGUCGUCGCUGGCACCCCGUCGCGUUCAUCUCAAGGCAUAUCUUGGUCUUGUAAUUAUAAUUUAUAAAAAGGAGGUUUGGAGAAUCAGGUUUAUUUAACCAGUGGUUGGACAUGGUAUCAGUUAAUAUUGGGUUAGUGCAUUAUGUACUGGACCACAUAUAUGGAACUCUUCUUCAUCGCACCAAACUAGGAACACCAUUUUUCUCAAAAGGAUGGGGAGGUACCAAACUUGAUUUGCUAGAAAAGAUGGUGAAGCAGUUGUUUCCGGAGGCACGUUGCCAAAACUGGCCACCAACUGCUGUGCAGCCAAUGUGGAAAACAGUAUGGGAGACAAACAGUUCUUGUCUGCGAGAAGGUGUUUUCAGGACUACAUGUGAUGAGCGACUAAUUGGCGCAUUGCCCCUUGAGAGUCACAAUGCAAGAGUUGCUUUUCUUACCCCUAAAAAUGUUACACCUGAGAAGAUGUCAUGUGUGGUCCAUCUUGCAGGCACUGGUGAUCACACAUUUGAGCGCAGGCUUCGGCUCGGUGGGCCUCUUCUGAAGAACAAUAUUGCAACUAUGGUUCUUGAGAGCCCCUAUUAUGGACAGCGACGUCCUAGCAUGCAGCGUGGUGCAAAGCUCCAGUGUGUCAGUGACCUGUUACUUUUAGGGAAAGCCACAAUUGAUGAAGCUCGCAGUCUCCUGUACUGGCUGCAGACCGAGGCUGGUUACAGCAAGAUGGGCGUAUGCGGGCUCAGCAUGGGUGGAGUACAUGCUGCAAUGGUGGGAUCCCUGCAUCCUACACCAAUUGCCACACUGCCAUUUCUCGCUCCACACUCUGCAGUGGUACCUUUCUGUGAAGGGGUCUACAAAUACGCCACAGCUUGGGAUGUUUUGAGAGAAGAUGCUGCAGCAUUAACUCAAGAUGUAACAUCUUUGGCAGAAGAUGCUGCACAGAAAACUGGGAUUACUAUCGAACAAGUCAGAGAUAGGUUGCGGUCAGUGUUGUCUUUGACUGAUGUCACUCGAUUCCCAGUCCCAAAGAACCCACAGGCGGUCAUCUUUGUUGGUGCAACGGAUGACGGUUAUAUUCCCAGACAUUCAGUCAUGGAGCUCCAGAAGGCAUGGCCAGGCUCAGAAGUCCGGUGGGUAACAGGCGGCCAUGUUUCCUCUUUUUUCCUCCACAAUGAUGCAUUUCGCAAGGCCAUCAUUGACGCCCUUGACAGAUUGUAGCACCAGAAGGUGAGAGGGAAGUCAUCCUUGUGAUGGCACUUGAUGUUGUGUGACUGUUCUGAAUUUGGGGUUGCGACAUCAGCUGAACCCUAUAACCGCAUUUCAUAUACUAGAUACACCCUGUACCGAAGGUUUUUUUUUUUAACUACAAUGUGUCGGCUGCAACUUAACUGCUCGCACUGAGAUCGGACUUUGGAGGGAGGCUGGUUGUAUUUGUACAUGACAAUUGUAGCAUGUAGCACCCCAUUAUUUGGCAAUUGUUCUGCAAUAAUUUAGUUUCUCACCAUGUAUCAAUCUGAAUGCUACACCUUCUGAGUGUUUGACAUGUCAAUGCUGGCGCCUGGCUGAAUCAGCUUGGCAAUUUGGCAGUUUCAGUUGUUA